AUGGCAGCUGUCGGUUCUCAUGUCAACCUCUUGGCAAACGCAUGGAAGCUUUUGGGAAUCCGACAUGAUAUUGACGAUAUCAUCCUGGAGCUUCUGGGCCGCUUUUCAUUGGAAAAGGUAUAUUCAGAAUGUGACCCCCAGACUUACCAGCGCCUGGUGAUCGCUUUACUUGCCCGACUCAAUGCCAUUUACUCCCUUCAGCGCCUCUCUCUACCAUCUGAACAGGACCAGAUUGGCCAGUAUCUGGGCUUUUUGGCCAGCUGGGAGGUCAUUAUACGGUCGGUGGAAUUUGUGCUCCAAGUUGUGAUCGAGGGACGGGAUAGCUUUUGGGAAGCAAGGGCUCUACGCGACAAGUACCUUGCUGAGCUCUUGUCCGUCUCACUUCGGAUCUUAAGCCUUCACCCAAAACCUCCAGGAAGCCAUCGAGUUAAGGAUCGUCGGGAUCGCUUCGCACGUAUCCACGGGUUCCUGGAGAAAUUAUUCGAUAACUACCCGGGGCCCAAAUCCUUCCUACUCCUCAUCUGCAAGGAAAUAGCGGACGUUUUGCGUACCGACCCCAAUGCUCUCGCCCUCCCCCCAAAACUGCGCCAUGAGUUACCUAACUUGGCCACGCAACUGUAUCCCUUGCCAGAAUGCCUUUCGCCCAGCUAUGUCUCUACCCUCGUAGAGAAAGAGGAGACGUCAGAACAAUGGCUCUCCCAAUUCCUCGCGCUGAGAGAUGUUUCUCACUUUGUUGUGGGUGCAUCUAUCCAGCAUAUUGUUGAUGAGGAGACUCCCAGCGUCGAACUUCAGGCUUCUUGCGCAAAAACCAGGAAUGCCAUAUUAAUGUCAUUGGAUAGUUUUCGAAUACCUCAAAAUUUCUCCAAGCUGGGAAUGAUUGAAACAUUUAGUGAUAUUUUCGAAGUCAUUCUACCCGACACUCCCAGUGUGAGCAUCGAAGAUACGUCGAGGCUGGCAUUUGAUGAAGAGGCCAUGGACUCAAUCCAUGCGUUUUGCCUGUCCCUGAAUGACCGACAAGUGGUACACCGCGUGAGCGAUGCACAUAUGAUGAAUGCAGUAUCAAGCAUUAUGAACAAUAUAGCCACCUUCACUGAGGCGCUCCCCCGUAUCCGGCCAUCACAUCAAAGAGCAUACGCACUGAAUUGCCCAUCCUGUCAUUUUGUCGAACAUUACCAGUUCAGCGAUUCCAAUAAUCUCAAGAUUCCUGAUCCAUCAGAGGGGCCACUCAUAAAAUUACCUAAAGGAACGAAGUGCGUUCAGUGUGACGAAGUGGUUACAGUCGCGCGAGAAAUUUCACUGGUCUGGCAAUCAUGGCAUGCCUUGAAAUCGAUUGAAUGCAAUGCAGACACAAUUGGUGUGGAAAGACACUUACCUACUCAGUUUCAGCUGCUACCCAAGCCUGGUAGUGGCAUGCCAGUACAAGCAGGGGCAAAUGUCCCUCUUAAUGUAGGAAUUCCGGCACAAGAGCCCAGAUAUAUGGGGCCAUAUACUCCUCAUUCUGAAAAUACCGUUCUCCCCAGUCCAGGGCCUUCCGAUAGAAGCCAAUACUAUUCACCCGAUCUUAUAUCCCCCAUCUCCUCCGAACAAAGGCAUAGAUUCGAUUCUCCACUUAGUGAAAUGACCCGACCGGAUUUUCCGACUUCCAUUAAUGAAACAGUUCAAAAUAAUAUCAAACCACCGGUUGCGAAUGAGCGACUUACAAACACAUCAUCACCCGAGGGCACCUGGUCAUCUGCUAUGGAUUCCUUAACAAGCCAUAUUGAAAGAGCCAGUUCAACGGCAUCAUUUCAGCCUAUACCACCCACACGCACGCGCACCAUCUCUCUUGGUGUAAAUCUAGACAAGAAAGGUAGGUGGAUGUCUAUCAGAAGAAAAGACCCCCCAGCUCCCACAGCGGGCGAUGCAAGUUCCUUAUCCUCCGGAACACUCGAGGGUCAGCGAAUGGAGGAAAUCUCCCUCAAAGAUCUAAUUAAUGCUUCUAAAGUUCACGCAAGGGGAAAGGGGUCCAAAAGCAUCAAUGUCUACCUCUCCCAAAACUCAACCCAUGCUCUUUUCUGGAUGCAACCGUCGAUACAUGUCUGGGACGUUGGCAUGUCGCCUCCAUUGCCAAUUCGUGCGAUUUCAACGGAGAGCUCAUGCUUAAUGGCAGCCGUCACGAAAACAUACCUCGCAUACGUUAUAGGAACUCGAGAUCAGAAGCUUACGGUGAGGACAGCUUUGUGUGUCCAGCCAACGGCAUUAGUGCUCGAGUAUCGAAUGGCAUCAGCUCAAUGGUGCCGAAGCAUAGCUAUUAGCCCGACAGAAAAUUAUGUAGUUGUCGGUUUUGAAAACGCAACUGUUCGAUUUUUUCGAACAACCGACACCGAGCAGUCCAGAGAAUUUCGCCUUCACCCAUAUCAUAAGGAUUGCCGAGGAUGUCCAUCAGUGGACUCGUUAGCAUUCUCCCUCGAUGGAAUGGUUCUAAUUGCGAGUACCAGGAAUCCUAAGAUGGGCCUGAUCCAAGUUUACUUCUGGUCCUUCCCAUUUUUAGAGUUUAGAGAACUUACAAAAUGUCGAUAUCAUGUGCCUCUUCACGAAUCAGAGGACAAUGGAGUCUCGGCAGCAUUGUAUCGGCCGUCUAACACUCCAGAUGAGGAUUUGGUCUGUAUUAGCACAUGGACGCAAUCCGGUGUCCCUCUCCUCAUUCAGCCCGAAAACGGGCAUAGAUCCGAGAUCAAGCCAGAUGGAACAAGGCGCCUUGGUAAUCGUAUCCAAUGCGCUGCAUUUUCGCCCUCUGGCAAGCAGUUAGGCCUGGUGAACGACAAAGGCCACCUGUAUCAACUAUCCAAUCUUAAUUCAAGUAUCAUGGAAUGUCGAAAAUUGGCGAAUUCGAAGGAACUAACCUCAAAGUGCGAUUCAUUUGCAAUGUCAUAUAUGUCGCUGCACGAGGAAGAGUCCGUCGUUCUGGCAUGGGUUGAACUGUCCAAGGGCGUGGCGUAUAUCAAGAAAAUCCCAAUAACCUCUACAGGGACGGAAUAUCAGAUAUCGACAGUUGCCGAUAAUUCUCGCGCACCGUUCUCCGAGCUCGAAGGAGACACGAGUUUAACAACUUCAUCGCGACCUAAAACCAAGGAAUCCAAUCGACUGUUGUCGCCUGUAUUACGGCAUUAUAUGCCUUUCGGAGAAAGCAAACGCUCCCAAAAGAGCAGCCCAGUGGAGUUGGCUGCAAACGACAUUCACUCCUCCGCAAAGAGGGCAGAAUAA